AUGACGGCGCCGUGUCUUGCGGCAAAGAGGAGGAGCAACAUGACGUUUGGGCUGAAAGCUUGGAGGAGAUGUGCCGCGUCUCUGUUGGUUUUGCUGAGUAUUGCCCCCGCUAACUUUCUUUUCGAGAGCGAAGGCAGACAGUCCGCACUUCGUUGGGGCAGAAGGCAGAGUGUAUUGUGGACCUCGAUGCUGUGUGCAGAGGAGGCCCAUGCUAUUGGGGUAGCCCUCGACUACCGGAAGUUGGAAGAGAUUGAUCUCUCAUCCAGGAAGAUUGUUGGUGAUAUCAAUUCCGAAAAGGUUCAGAAGUUGCGCGUUUCAUUGAAGCCAAAUCGCCGUGAUUGGAAGGAGCCGGUUCCUAGAUGUUGGUUGCCACAGCUUGCCAUCCUUCAGGCACUGGGCACCAUAAAAGAUGCCAAGCAGAAGACAGAAGCUUUAUUCAGGGCAUACAGGGAGGAUGUGACUGUCAGCUUCAAGCCCUACUUAACUCCGAUUCCAGAAAUGAGAGAAGCGUUGGAAGAGCUCUACGAGCUGUUUGACCCGGAUUCGAAGCGAGAUGUGGAGCGUAUUGGCAGGUUGCUGCUUUCAGCAAGGUACAAGUUCAACGAGGCACGAAGUGCUGACCCAAAGGCCACUGACUAUGAGUUGAUGGUCAGCAACAGCGUGUUGUUGAGCGACAAGAAGGAGAAGGCCAAAUUUGAUACCUAUUUGCAGAAUUUCCUGCAAAUAGCAGACAAAUUCCUCUUAUUUAUUGAAUGA